GGCUGGGCAUCGCGGACUCGAGCUGCUGGAUCGGUCGGAAAUGGCAGAGGUGGAGGAAACACUCAAGAGACUUCAGAGCCAGAAAGGAGUUCAGGGAAUCAUCGUGGUGAACACGGAAGGCAUUCCCAUCAAGAGCACCAUGGACAAUCCCACUAUUACACAAUAUGCCAACCUCAUGCACAACUUCAUCUUGAAGGCAUGGAGCACUGUGCAUGAAAUUGACCCCCAGAAUGAUCUAACCUUCCUUCAAAUUCGAUCCAAGAAAAAUGAAAUUAUGGUUGCACCAGAUAAAGACUAUUUCCUGAUUGUGAUUCAGAAUCCAACUGAAUAACCGAAUAAGCCACUGUCUCGGCUUCCUGUGUCAUUCCUUAGUUUAACGUCCCCCAGAAUAAUAGUGUUAAUCAUGUCAGUGGGCACAGGGUGAUUGCCCACGAGCCCAUAUAGACCAUGCCAAUGGUAGCUCUGCCCACCCCAACAAGGAGUGUCUCUGGUGAUCCAGUCAGUUCUCAUUUCCAGGCUUUGGAGGGAGAGCUUAUGAUAAGCCCACACACAGCUUCCUUCUGACCUUCAGUUCACUUUGUCACCCUUGGAA